AUGGCUCCCUUAACCGACGCUGAAUUCAAGGCUUACAAUAGAUUAGCUGAAAAAAUGGAGAAUUUUCAUGGUCAUUUCAAGCGAACUUGGCGCUUUCUCGAGAAGGUUUGCGAAGCAGAAGACCUUCCGGAUGGCAUCCGAUUGGUCGACUUGAUCAACGAGGGCCUGUCAUUCUGCAUGUCUCUUGAGAUGCAUCAUAAUAUUGAGGAGACAUAUUUUUUCCCAUUGUUAGCUCGUAGGAUGCGGGAGUUUCAAGUUGGCAACGAAAGCCCUUUGCUAGAACAGCACCGCGUCAUACACAAGGGGCUGCAGGAGCUGAACAACUAUUUAUCCGUUUGCCGCACAUCGCAGUCGCACUUUAAUUGCAAAUCGAUGAAAAGUAAAAUGAGCAGCUGGAGUGAUGUGUUAUGGGAGCAUCUCGAUGAUGAGGUCCAAAGCCUAGGGGCGGAGAAUAUGCGGAGAUACUGGACGGUAGAUGAAAUGAACCACAUAUAUAUGUAG